AUGCAUUGCAAGCAAUGUUGGCACAAGAUCAAUGAUCUUGUGUGCAAAUUCUGUGGCGCCUACGAAGCUGCAAGCAGGGAGAAGACCAGCGGUCAAAACGAGAAUGAUGUGCUCAAAUUAGCACAUCAAAUAUUCUACACGAACCAUAACAAGAAAUUCUUCCUCGAAUAUGCUUGGAAAGAGCCGAGGAAUGACCAGAAGUGGUGUGAGGCAGUGUUUGCUAAAAACGAAGGAAGUUCUAAAAAAAGAAAGUAUGAAGACGGUGGAGAUUCUUCAAGCUCUCAACCAACUGACAUGAAGCGUCCACCCGGUGUAAAAGCGUCAAAGGCCCGUGGUAAGAAGCCAGUGGCUGAGGAGAAAGCGAUGAAGGAGUUUGAGACAAUGUGGUCACAACAUGAUCUCGCCCAGAAAGAACGCUUGUCUAAGAUGAGACUACUGGACAGUCUGAUCGUCAAGAAAGAACCUCUCGUUGAGUAUGAAGAAGAGCUCAAGAAGAAGCUGAUUAAUGAGUUAUUGUUGUCUUAG